CCGGAAGCGGCCAUAUUGUUGAAGUCCUGUCUGUGGUCUCCGGAAACAUGGCGGCGGUCCGAGCGGAAGUCAGCUCCACAAGGCGGAAGCAAAAGAAAGUACACGGCGAGGGACACAUGUGAGAGGAGCCGAGAGGAUGAAAUAUUCAUACAAGUUCAGUAACCUGCUGGGCACCUUCUACCGGCGCGGGAAUCUCACCUUCACCCCGGAUGGCAGUUCUCUCCUCAGCCCGGUGGGCAAUCGUCUGAGUGUCUUCCACCUCAAGAAUAAUAAUGGAGAGACUCUCCCUUUGGCCACCCGCUGCAACAUCUCCUGUGUGGCGCUCUCACCGGACGGCUCUCUGGUGAUCUUGGUAGAUGAAGAGGGAUCCGCGCUCCUCGUCAGUCUCAUCACAAAGUCCGUCCUCAACAACUUCAAUUUCCAGCAGCCGGUCCACAGCAUCAGCUUCUCUCCGGAUGGCAGGAAGUUUGUGGUGUGUAAGGGCUCGCUGGCUCUCAUGUACCAUGCUCCGGGGAAGAGGCGAGAAUUUAAUGCUUUUGCUCUGGAUAAAACCUUCUAUGGUCCGUAUGAUGAGACGACGUGCAUUGAUUGGACGAAUGAUUCCCGGUGUUUUGCGGUUGGCAGUAAGGACAUGAGUACCUGGGUGUUCGGCGCUGAGCGAUGGCAGCAACUCAUCUAUUACUCGAUCGGCGGCCACAAGGAUGCCAUUGUCUCCUGCUUUUUUCUGGAGGACAGUUUGGAUCUGUACACAAUCAGUGCAGACGCCGCUCUCUGUAUGUGGCAGUGCGACAUGGAACUGUCACAGCUCCUCCCCCGAGCACCCAAGAAGAAGCCGGCUGAGACAGAAGACGUGGAGAAGGAUAAAGGGGAGGAGAUUCGAGGAAUGGCCAAUCCUGCUGCAGAGGAAAAGAUUGGGAGAGUUUCCUACAGCAGGAAAAUCAGGCAUUUCUUCAAUAAAGAUGGAGAUUUCACCGCGCUCACCGCCGCCGCCUUCCAUAAGAAGCUCAAUCUACUGGUCACCGGAUUCUCUUCCGGAACUUUCCAUAUCCAUGAACUCCCUGAAGUGAGCCUCAUCCACUCACUCAGCAUCUCGGAUCAGAGUAUUUCUUCCAUCACAAUAAACAGCACCGGGGACUGGAUUGCAUUUGGCAGCAGUGGCCUGGGCCAGCUAUUGGUGUGGGAGUGGCAGAGCGAGUCCUACGUGUUGAAGCAGCAGGGUCACUUCAAUAACAUGGUGUCCCUGUGCUACUCGCCCGACGGGCAACAUAUCGUCACCGGCGGAGAUGACGGCAAGGUGAAAGUUUGGGACACCAGUAGCGGAUUUUGCUUCGUCACUUUCACAGAUCACACCAGCAGUAUUACCGCGGUGACCUUCACCAGCAACGGACAGGCGGUGCUCAGCGCUUCAUUGGAUGGCACUGUCCGGGCCUUCAGCUUAUUGAGGUAUCGCAACUUUCGCACUUUCACCUCCCCCCGGCCAACUCAGUUCUCCUGUUUGGCGGUGGACAGUAGUGGGGACAUUGUAUGUGCUGGAGGGCAAGAUUCCUUUGAAGUUUAUGUAUGGAGUAUACAGACAGGGAGACUGCUAGAUGUGUUAGCCGGACAUGAAGGACCCAUCAGCAGCAUUGCCUUCAACCCAUGUAAGUCUGUCCUGGCCACCGCAUCCUGGGACCAAACUGUGAGGCUGUGGCACAUGACAGACAGCUGGAGGACUACGGAGACCUUCAGCCUCAAUGCGGAUGCGCUGGCAGUCACCUUCCGACCGGAUGGAGAGGAACUGGCGGUGGCGUCUCUGGACGGUCAGAUCACCAUGUGGGACCCCGAGAAGGGAACCCAGACUGGAUCCAUCGAGGGAAGACAUGACCUGCAAAUGGGCCGAAAGGAGUUGGACAAAGUGACCGCUAAACACUCUGCUAAGGGGAAGGCAUUCACCACGCUGUGCUACUCUGCAGACGGGCAGGCGCUUCUGGCUGGGGGGUCAUCGCGGUUUGUCUGCAUUUACCACACGAGGGAGCAGCUGCUGGCCAAGAAGUUUGAGAUCUCCUGUAAUUAUUCUCUGGACGCCAUGGAGGAGUUCCUGGACCGGCGUAAGAUGACGGAAUUCGGUAGUCUGGCGUUAAUCGAUGAAGGUGCUGGAGACGAGGGUGGGGUUGCCCUGAGUCUUCCGGGAGUGCGUAAAGGUGAUAUGAGUUCCCGCCGCUUCAAACCAGAAAUCCGCGUGACGGCACUGCGAUUUUCUCCGACAGGGCGCAGUUGGGCGACCACAUCCACAGAGGGUCUCCUCAUCUUCUCUCUGGACUCCAGUACGGUUUUUGACCCGUUCCAGCUGGAUGAAGAGGUGACGGCGGGGAGCGUACGCCGAGCGCUGAGAGCGGCCCAGUGGACUCGGGCUUUGGUCAUGGCAAUGAGGCUGAAUGAAGAGAGCCUCCUCCAGGAGACUCUAGAGAGCGUGCCGUGCACGGACAUUAAGGUCCUCUGCUCCUCCCUGCCGGAGUUGUAUGUGGAACGGCUGCUGGCGAUCUUGGCAUUGCAGAUUGAACGAUCGCGGCAUCUCCAGUUCUAUCUGAUGUGGGCUCAUGAACUGCUGAUGCAGCACGGACAGAAGAUGAAGAGUCGGUCGGUUUCCUUAUUACCCGCCAUUCACUCUCUAUGGAAGAGCAUCCAAACUCACUUCAAUGACAUCUCCAAGCUUUGUGAUUGGAACCGAUACAACAUGAAGUUUGCAGUGUGCCUGUCCCGGCAGCGAGGGAUGAAGCGGUUGGCGGAGGACGGUGACGAGGAGGGCGGGGACAGCGAUGUGGAGGAGGGCGGGGACAGCGAUGUGGCGUCUGAGCUGGCCUCAUUGGAGGACAUGAUGGAAGAGAUUGCCGAGUGAUGUGAUUGGAGAUCUGAGAUGGAAGAGAAGAGCCGCUCUCUGGACCUCGGAGAGAAGCGAUGGGCGUUCGUCCGCCGCGUCCUCGCCAAAAUAUCUUCCGUGUUUUACAGAGAAAAUGAUGGAAUUCUGCUGGAAGAUCAUCCGGUGUGUGCACAGGGGGCGGAGACUGGUCACAUGGGGGGGCGGGGUCACUGCUGGUUGUGUCUCUGUGAUACACGGGGGCACUUCACUCUUUGUAUUUCAAACUCCCAAAUAAAGUUCUAUAUAUUUUCUUAU